AUGCUCGCCGUUGCCUUGCUGGCCAAUCUCAAAGAAUAUCGUGAGGAUCGCGAUCUGGCGGGAUGGCAUUGGAAUGGACUCAGAAAGAUGAUCGCAAUUAAUGGCGGAAUUCAGGCGCUGCGCAACUUCGAAGACCUCCAUGCAUAUCUGAUGUGGCUUGAUGUUUUGAUCUGCAACACGCCAACUAACCCUCUUGGACAGACACACGCACCAAGCUCGUCGAAAAGCAACGUUCUUAGAUCAAUCACUGAAGAGAUCAUCAUUUUUCUCGAUGCUAUCAGCACCUAUUUGUCGGCAAUGACCGAUCGCCCAGGCUCGCCAGAAGGAAAAUAUGCCUAUACUAAAUGGUAUCGAGCGAAACUUGCAAGUCUCAUCUAUCUUGCCGCAUUGGUUCAGCGCGAAGAAUCAGAUCCAAAGAGCACUGAGAUCUUGAGCAUAAUCGAGGCAGAGAUCUUGCAGCGAGAAGAUCACUGCAUCGUGAUUCCAGAGGAACUUUUCCACAUCAUCCUUCGCAUCAGCAAUCGAGAAGGCCUCUGUGAAAUGAUAUGGUUUGUGGCACGCCUAAUGAGCGCUAUCAAACAAUUCGACGCGAGAGAUUUAAAUAUUUGCUAUAUCCUCCUUUCCAAGUUCCUGGGAUUGCAGUCAUCGUCGAACGCAUUCGACGAACAGGCUGUCAUGAAGGGUUGGACAAGGCUUUGGUCUCGCUUACAAAAACAAAUCCAACCUGCGGGGAUGAUUGACGAGAUCUGCGAGUACCAGUAUUCAUUCAGUAAUCAAUUUUGA